CGCCCCACCCCGUCCAUGCAGGACGGCCUGGACCUGGAGGUGGAGACCGACCUCCGAAUCCUGGGCUGCGAGCUGAUCCAGUCGGCCGGCAUCUUGCUGCGCCUGCCCCAGGUUAGCAUGGCGACGGCCCAGGUCCUCUUCCAGCGAUUCUUCUUCUCCAAGUCCUUCGUCAAACACAGUUUCGAGAUUGUCGCAAUGGCAUGUAUCAAUCUUGCAUCAAAAAUAGAAGAAGCACCCCGUCGUGUAAGAGAUGUGAUAAAUGUGUUCCACCAUUUGCGCCAGCUAAGAGGCAAAAGGAGUCCAACACCACUGAUACUUGAUCAAAACUACAUUAACACCAAAAACCAAGUGAUCAAGGCAGAAAGACGAAUCCUGAAGGAAUUGGGAUUUUGUGUUCAUGUAAAGCAUCCACAUAAGAUAAUUUUUAUGUACCUUCAAGUCCUUGAGUGUGAACGGAAUCAAACUCUCGUCCAGACAGCUUGGAAUUACAUGAAUGAUAGUCUCCGCACAAGUGUAUUUGUUCGGUUUAAGCCAGAGACUAUAGCCUGCGCUUGCAUCUACCUUGCAGCUAGAGCUUUGCAAAUUGUUUUGCCAAACCGUCCUCACUGGUUUGUGCUUUUUGGUGCAACAGAAGAGGAAAUCCAAGAUAUCUGCAUCACUACUUUAAAACUUUACACUCGAAAGAAGCCAAACUAUGAGCACGUGGAGAAGGAAGUAGAAAAGAGGAAGGUUGCACUACAAGAAGCUAAAUUGAAAGCUAAAGGGUUGAACCCAGAUGGAACUCCUGCCCUUUCCACACUGGGAGGCUUUUCUCCAGGUUCUAAACCAUGUUCACCCAGAGAAGUUAAAGCAGAAGACAAAACACCUGGAAUUCAGAACCCUAAGCCUAUCAAGAAGGAACCAGAAGAUCGCCAGUUGAACUCUAAUAAAAGUCCUUACAAUGGGUUGAGAAAAGAAAUAAAACAAAUUCGAAACAGUAGGAGCAUCAGUCGUUCAAGGUCUCGAACAAGAUCAAGAUCCCGUUCUCCCCGAAGGCAUUACAACAGAAGAAGCAGAUCUGGAACAUACAGUUCUCGAUCAAGGAGUAGGUCCCAUAGUCGCAGUGUGUCCCCCCGCCGACGCCACAAUCAUGCAUCACCACACAUCAAGUCAAAGCCUCAUCGUGAAGAAACAAAGAUUUCUGUUAGACAUGGUCAUAAGAGGAAGAAAUCACACAGUAGAUCACGCACCCGCAGUAAAUCCAGGGAUCGCUGUGAUCCUGUGAAGAAACGACGACAUGACAAAGAGCAUCAUCGGGAUAGACAUGAACGAUCGCGAUCUUAUGAAAGAUCCCAUAAGAGCAAGCAUCAUAGCAGUAGUCACUCAGGGCACAGCAGACAUCGUCGGUGAAUUAAAGUUAAAUUAAAAUACUGCCUAAAUGUAAUUAUGUUAAAUGUGUAGAGUAUUAACUUGUAAAUGAUGCUUUUUUUUUUAUAAGGGGUUUGUUUAAAGGGUGUUUUUGGUUUAUGUGAAGGUCAUUAAUGGAAAAACAAGGGAGAAUUUGCACACUUUCAGAAAUAUAGAAAUACUUUAUUUGACAGUGUACAGUUAACCAUGGACAAAUUUAUGUAUGCUGAGUUUUCCUCUGUUCUACAGAAUUUGAAGGGAGGUUGCUGUAGAAAUGUACCUUAUUUUUAUACAAUGAAAAUGGACACUGGUAUAUUUAAGUACAAGUUCAUUUGUUAAAACUGUGGUGAUUACUUUGUUAGACUUUUUUUUAGUCUGCAUGUGGUCAUUUUUACAGAAUAAAAGCAAAAAAAAGUU